AUGUAUAACCAAGGGCAUCAGCAGGGCCAUGCUUCCCGAAUCAAUGGCAACCCUGCCGGCCGUGGCAUGCCCAUGCUGUACAGCUUUCAGCAACCUACUGCGCACCAGCACCAGGCCCUUCCGCAGCAUCACCAGGUCCUACAGGCUUCUGACCAGGGCAGUCAUACCACCAACACGCAGAGCCUGGCACAUCACUCUGCGUAUUCAAGUGGUGUGAUUCCUGCUUCCAGCCCGUUUUCAAAUGGCCUUCAAAACGGGCAUGGUGUGACCAUCCGCGCCACCCAACAGCCACCUGUAACUGAGCAUUGGGCGGAGCAGCUACGCCAGCACAAGGAAGCCGAAGCUGCCAAUAUUGCCAUGGUUGAGCAAAAUCAGGCCAAUUACUAUGCUCGACUAAAGGCGAGUGAGAAUAAGGGCAUUGGCGGCCCGUCGCCCAUUUUGAACAGCUCUACACUGGCCGACGGCGACUCGGAGGAUAUUCGGAGGCCGUGGUCUGUCGACAAGCCGAAUCGCCAGCAAGAUUGGCACAACUUGGACCUCAGCGGUCAAGGGCUGCGUGCUUUAUCCCCUCAAUUGUUCUGUUACGAAUUCCUCCAGGAGCUGUACAUCAGCUCAAACAAAUUAACUGUUCUCCCAUCUUCUAUCGGCAACCUACGCCAGCUGAGGAUCUUGGAGGCAUCGCACAAUCAAAUGUCCGACCUACCCCGAGAACUUGGGAUGUGCACGUUCCUUAAACAACUUUUGUUGUUUAACAACAAUAUCCGCACUCUCCCCUUUGAGAUUGGCUCGUUACACAUGCUUGAGACGCUUGGUAUCGAAGGCAACCCGCUCGAUCCAGAGCUGAAGAAAGAAAUCAUGGAGAAAGGCACCAGAUCUUUAAUUUCGUAUCUACGAGAACAGGCCCCCAUCCCCCUGCCUCCCAAUGACCGCAAGCUUGUCAUUGUCCAGGAAGAUGUGUCUCAAUCUCUGGAACGCGUAACAGUUUUUUCUUGGAACAUUCUUGGAGAACGAUAUGCCACAUCGCAGCUGUACGGAUACACGCCAUCAGGUGCGCUUGCUUGGGACUAUCGCAAAGAAAAAAUUCUCGAGGAAAUUCGUCAUCGCGAUGCCGAUUUUCUUAGUCUUCAAGAGAUCACAACGGAUGCUCUUCGUGACACUUUUGGCCCUGAACUUGCCCGUGACGAUUAUAGGGCAAUUCAUUACCCUAGAUCAAAAGCGCGGACGAUGUCUGAGAAGGACGCAGCGUCCGUCGAUGGCUGCGCCAUAUUCUACAAAAGCAGCAAAUUUGUCCUCCUCGACAAACAACUGAUCGAUUUCCAGGCGCUCGCCAUCAACCGGCCGGACAUGAAAAGCCAGCAUGAUAUCUUCAACCGAGUCAUGCCUAAAGACAACAUCGCUAUUGUCGGUUUUUUCGAAAGCCGCAGAACUGGAGCACGCCUUAUUGUGGUAAACGCCCAUCUUGCCUGGGAAGGCACGCUCGCCGAUGUCAAGAUUGUGCAGACCGCAUUAAUUAUGGAUUUUGUCACCAAGCAGGCCGAGAAAUACGCUCGGUGGCCCGGUCUCAAGGACAAAAAAAUGAUUGAAAUACCAGGUGUCGAGAAGGAUCCCAACCCCCCCGAAUGUGCCCCUUCUCAAGAAUAUCGCAGCAACACGGACAUUCCACUCUUUGUAUGUGGUGAUUACAACUCGACCUCAGAAAGCGGUGUCACAGAGCUCCUCCGCUUGGGUCGACUUGCUCCAGACCAUCCUGAGAUCGCAAAGUUUCAAUAUGGAAAUUUCACACGUGACGGAAUCGAGCACCCUUUCAGCCUCAAAUCCUCCUACCAACACCUCAGCGGAACCCCGGAUGAGCUUCCUUUCACAAACUACACGCCUGGCUUUGCCAAUGUCAUCGAUUAUAUUUGGUAUUCAACCAAUUCCCUCGAAGUCGUGGACAUUCUCGGUCCGCCAGAUGCAGAGUAUCUCAAGCGUGUACCUGGUUUUCCCAGUUACCACUUCCCCGCCGACCACCUUCAAAUCAUGGCCAGCUUUGUCAUCAAGCCCCGCAAGGACAAGAAAAGCAGUUCAUCGGCGAAUUGA